AUGUCAGAACACGAGCAGCCAGAUCCAGGAAGGAAUCCCUCAGAGCAGGCGCCCACCGCCACAGGCAUGCUCGGGGUGAGCUCCAGAGCUGCCAAGCUCCAGGGCCACCUAGUGGAGGACGAGCUCAGCUACCUGGAACUGCUGGUGGCGAAGAAGACCCACACCUCGCAAAUUGAAGUGAUCCCCUGCAAAAUCUGUGGGGACAAGUCAUCUGGGAUCCAUUACGGGGUUAUCACCUGCGAAGGGUGCAAGGGCUUCUUCCGCCGCAGCCAGCAGUGCCACGUGGCCUACGCCUGCACCCGUCAGCAGAACUGCCCCAUCGACCGCACGAGCCGCAAUCGAUGCCAGCACUGCCGCCUACAGAAAUGCCUGGCACUGGGCAUGUCCCGCGACGCUGUCAAGUUUGGCCGCAUGUCCAAGAAGCAGAGGGACAGCCUGCAUGCAGAAGUGCAGAAACAAUUGAAACAGCAGCAGCAACAGCAGCAGCAAGAACAAGCAGCCAAGACCCCUCCGGAAGGGGGCCAAGGAGCCGACAGCCUCCCCUACACCUUAGGGCUCCCAGAUGAGCAGCUGCCCCUGGGUGCUUCGCCUGACCUGCCUGAGGCUUCUGCCUGCCCCCCAGGUCUCCUGAGGGCCUCUGGCUCCAGGCCCUCAUAUGCCAAUCACCUGGUCAAGUCAGAGCUGGGCGAGGCCUCCUACCACCUUGAAUAUAGCCCCGAGCGGGGCAAGGAUGAGGGCAGAGAGAGCUUCUUUGGCCCAGGCAGCCAGCUGACCCCUGCCAGAUGUGGACUGCACUUUGAGCAACCCAGGCAUCCUGGGCUUGGGGAACCAGGCCAGGGCUUGGACAACUACAGCAGCCCCACCUUCCGCAGCACCCCAGAGGCAACUUAUGCUUCCCUGACGGAGAUAGAGCACCUGGUGCAGAAUGUCUGCAAGUCCUACCGAGAGACAUGCCAGCUGCGGCUGGAGGACCUGCUCCGGCAGCGCUCCAACAUCUUCUCCCGGGAGGAGGUGACUGGCUACCAGAGGCAGUCUGUGUGGGAGAUGUGGGAACGCUGUGCCCACCACCUCACCGAAGCCAUCCAGUAUGUGGUGGAGUUCGCCAAGAGGCUCUCAGGCUUUAUGGAGCUCUGCCAGAAUGACCAGAUCGUGCUGCUCAAAGCAGGAGCCAUGGAAGUGGUGCUGGUCAGGAUGUGCCGGGCCUACAACGCCGACAACCACACCGUCUUCUUUGAAGGCAAAUACGGAGGCAUGGAGCUGUUCCGAGCCUUGGGCUGCAGUGAGCUCAUCAGCUCCAUCUUCGACUUCUCCCGCUCCCUGAGCGCCUUGCGUUUUUCUGAAGACGAGAUUGCCCUCUACACAGCCCUCGUUCUCAUCAAUGCCAGCCGGCCAGGUCUCCAAGAGAAAAGGAAAGUGGAACAGCUGCAGAGCAAUCUGGAGCUGGCCUUUCACCAUCAUCUCUGCAGGACUCAUCGUCAGGGCAUUCUGGCAAAGCUGCCGCCCAAGGGGAGGCUCCGGAGCCUGUGCAGCCAGCAUGUGGAAAAGCUGCAGCUCUUCCAGCACCUCCACCCCAUCGUGGUCCAAGCUGCCUUCCCCCCACUCUACAAGGAGCUCUUCAGCACUGAGAUGGAACCCCCAGAGGGGCUGUCCAAGUGACCUGCCUGACAGAUGGCUCACUGGCUCACCUCCCUAGAACCCCGUCCCAUCCUCAGACCCCUUCCCCUGGCCUGUCCCACAUCCUCUGGAGGGGUGCCCCAUGCCUGUUUGGGAACAAACAUGAACACCCAGUUUGGUUUCCUGCCCAGAGACUGGCACCUGACCGCAGAAUGCCGACAGAGGGUGCGGAUGAAGUGCUGUCUCCAGCCUCAGUGUUGUCCUCUCAUAAUGGCAUACCCUUCACCUCCAGCUUCCAGGAGAUGUGGUGUGGUUUGGGAUACAGGGACCUCCAAAAGGACCAAGGCACCCUGAAUGACCAGAACUGAAGCCUGGGCGUAGAAGCUACCAAUAGCUUUUGAAAUACCUCAUUGUUUCCCAUGGGCUGCAGCUGGGGGGAAAGGCUGGCGCUCAGAGACGGACAGCCACGGCCCAGAAGCACCUGUACAGGAUCUGAAUCUGGAUUCUUCAAUCACCUGCCUUCCUCUCUCCCAGCUCAGCAUCAAAGUGAUUGGGCAGCCUGCCCCUUCCCUGGGAGUCUAAGCAAACCAGCAAAUAUGGAGAGUAAACGACAAGGAGGGUUAGAGGUUGGGGGUAAUUGUUUCAUGGGACUCAGGUGGAUGGAGGAGGGGAGGUCCAAUGAAGGCCAAGAGCGUCCCAGACAGAUGCAGAAUUAGAACUCAGAUCUCGUCAGUGCACUUUACAGACAUAUGUCAGGGUUAGCACAGAUCUGAUCAGAGACGGACAUCCACGUACAGGUGAAACACAGACGGUCUUGUGAUCCUUCACAAUCUCUUCCCUCCUGGAGGUCUCAGCUCUCAGGCAGCCUGGUGGCCUUGGGGCGGGAGGCAGAGAGAGGAGAAAGUCCCAGUCCACAGCGCCCCCAGAACAUUUCCAGCCUACCAGUCUUGAGACUUGAUGUGGUCAUGCGGCCAUCCCUGCUGGGGCAUGUCCCGCCGAAAGCAGGGAUGGCUGGACUUUCUAGGCCCUGACCUCCAGCCUUGCUUUCAUCAGGGAAGCAGAGGCAGUGCCAGCACUCUGGGAGCGGGACCCCCAGACCCUGGUGGCAGUGAGACAGCAGAUCCCUGAGCACAGGACUGAGAUGGGUUUCUCCAGCUGCCAAAUUGCUUCUCUCAUCCUUCUCUGAGGGAUAAGCUGCAGAUGAUGGGGGAUAUGGGGGAGGGGGGGACGGUUUCUCCCCUCGGGGAGGCGGGCUUUAG